GCCAGGACUCGGCUACAAAAGACGACGGCUGCGGCGCGCCGGGCGGAACUUUCCAGAACGCUCGCUGAAAAGCGGAGGAGCGGCGGCUGCCCGAGCUGCGCCCAGCAACGCGCUCCUUCCCGCUCCCCCACACCGGCCUCGGCCCCCUCACCGGCUGUAGAAAAUGGUGAAAGAAACUACUUACUAUGAUGUUUUGGGGGUCAAACCCAAUGCCACCCAGGAAGAAUUGAAAAAGGCUUACAGGAAAUUGGCUUUGAAGUACCACCCUGACAAGAAUCCAAAUGAAGGAGAGAAAUUUAAACAGAUUUCUCAAGCUUAUGAAGUUCUCUCUGAUGCGAAGAAAAGGGAAUUAUAUGACAAAGGAGGAGAACAGGCAAUUAAAGAAGGUGGAGCAGGUGGUGGUUUUGGCUCCCCCAUGGACAUCUUUGAUAUGUUUUUUGGAGGAGGAGGAAGGAUGCAGAGAGAGAGGAGAGGUAAAAAUGUUGUGCAUCAGCUCUCUGUAACCUUAGAAGAUUUAUAUAAUGGUGCAACAAGAAAACUAGCUCUGCAAAAGAAUGUGAUUUGCGACAAAUGUGAAGGCCGAGGUGGUAAGAAAGGAGCGGUAGAAUGUUGUCCCAAUUGCCGAGGUACUGGAAUGCAAAUAAGAAUUCAUCAGAUAGGACCUGGAAUGGUUCAGCAAAUUCAAUCUGUGUGCAUGGAGUGCCAGGGCCAUGGGGAACGAAUCAGUCCUAAAGAUAGAUGUAAAAGCUGCAACGGAAGGAAGAUAGUUCGAGAAAAGAAGAUUCUAGAAGUUCAUAUUGACAAAGGCAUGAAAGAUGGCCAGAAGAUAACAUUCCAUGGUGAAGGAGACCAAGAACCUGGACUGGAACCAGGAGAUAUUAUCAUUGUUUUAGAUCAGAAGGACCAUGCUGUUUUUACUAGGCGAGGAGAGGAUCUUUUCAUGUGUAUGGACAUACAGCUGGUUGAAGCACUGUGCGGGUUUCAAAAGCCAAUAUCUACUCUAGACAACAGAACCAUUGUCAUUACCUCUCAUCCAGGUCAGAUUGUCAAGCAUGGAGAUAUCAAGUGUGUGCUGAAUGAAGGCAUGCCAAUUUAUCGUAGACCAUACGAAAAGGGUCGCCUAAUCAUCGAAUUUAAGGUAAACUUCCCUGAGAAUGGCUUUCUCUCUCCUGAUAAACUGUCUUUGCUGGAAAAGCUCCUACCUGAGAGGAAGGAAGUAGAAGAGACUGAUGAAAUGGACCAGGUAGAACUGGUGGACUUUGAUCCAAAUCAGGAAAGAAGGCGCCAUUACAAUGGAGAAGCGUAUGAGGAUGAUGAACAUCACCCCAGGGGAGGUGUUCAGUGUCAGACCUCUUAAUGGGGCCAGUGAAGAACACUGCUGGCAUUUUAUAUGCAGUAGUGAACGAAUGAAGGACUAUAAUCAUAGCUCACUACUUGCUAUUAUUGUUUUUGUUUUAAUAUUCAACUAUAGUAGUGUUUUAAAAGUUAAAUGAAGAAUAAAAAAUAUAAAAGCUCUGACUUUGCCCUGUAUGUAUGAUGAAUUCAGUGUGCAAGAUAAGUUUAAUACUUGUAAAAACUACUUUUAAAAAAUCUCCCCUAGCAUUUGUUAGAGGCCCGACGUUGUAAUUGAUUUCAGCUCUAUGUACAUGAACUAGUUUAGACUGAAAAUGCUAGGUAAAUGUAUUGACUUCAGUGUAUGACCCUUAAUUGUUAAGCUAUAAAGUUGAAACUUGUGUUUAAUUGGCAAUCUGAAAAAGAAUUUGUAGAGAA